CAAGAAAGGCUAGUAGUGUCAGUAAACCCGAAGAGCCGGUUUCUUCUCUCCCCGUCGAUCAUACGCUCAGCUGCCGUUUUGUAUACACACAUGUAUAUAUACAUGCGCAUAUAACGCAUACAACGGAUAGUAGAGUGCUCUCAACGGCGGCGACGACGACGACGCCGACAACCGCUGCUUUCGCCGGCCCCCCGAUGCACACACUGCGCCGCUCAAAUUCCUUUCAAACUUCAAACGCGAGUUUCUCCUCCAGUGCGACGUUGCGCGGGUUAUCGUACGGAGCUCCGGAAGUAUAUAUUCUGCCCCGAUCACAGGGAGAGAGAGAGAGCUGAUCUUUUGGAUUUUCCAGCUUCGAGGAUUCGUCUUGUGAAAAGCCGACAAUGAGGAAGUUAAAGGUUGCCAUUAUCGGCCAAAGCAACUUCGCGGCUGAGGUCUACAAGUCAUUGAAAAGGGACGGACACGAGGUCACCGGAGUUUUCACGAUACCGGACAAGGUCAAUCGCGAGGAUCCACUGGCGAUAACAGCGAAGGCCGAUGGCACUCCGGUCUUCAAGAUCAAGGCCUGGCGCAGCAAGGGUCUACCUCUGCCGGAGGUCCUCGACCUCUACAAGAGCAUCGAGGUCGACCUGAACGUGUUGCCCUUUUGCACCCAAUUCAUACCCAUGGAAGUGAUCAACCAUCCCAAGCAUCGGAGCAUCUGCUACCAUCCGUCGAUUCUGCCAAGGCAUCGUGGCGCGAGUGCCAUCAGCUGGACUCUGAUCGAAGGCGACGAGGUGGCCGGUUUCUCGGUCUUCUGGGCUGACGACGGCCUGGACACCGGACCGAUCCUCCUCCAACGCAGCUGUCCCGUGAAGCCCAACGAUACUCUGGACAGUCUGUACAACGGGUUCAUGUACCCGGAGGGUAUCAAGGCGAUGGCCGAGGCAGUGAACCUCGUGGCUAAGGGUACAGCGCCGUGCGUACCUCAGACCGAGGAAGGCGCGACCUACGACGCUAUGCUGAACAAAAAGGAACUGCAGAGGCUCGACUGGAAGGGAAAAAGUGCCAAGCAGGCGCACGAUUUUAUCAGGGCUUUGGACUCGACACCAGGUGCUUGGACGCUUAUCGACGGCGAGGAGGCGAGGUUGUACGGCAGCAGUUUGUGGAAAGGAAACGAGACAAUACCCUCGGGAACAGCAGUGGACAUCGACGGCCGGCCAGCUGUGGUUCACGAGACGGGUCUGCUGAUGCAGGCAGAGGACGGAAACUGGCUGAACGUCGAGGUUCUGAAAAUCGGUACGCGUACGAUAAGCGCAAGCAAGUACGGCCAGGCUCAGAGCAACGGCACCUGUCUCGAGUUCACGGAGGAGGAGCGACAAGCUGUCGAGACCAUCCGUAAAAUCUGGCAAAGCAUACUGCGCCGGGAUAUCGACGACGAUACCGAUUUCUUCGCUUGUGGUGCCGGCAGCAUGGACGUCGUCCGUCUGGUCGAGGAGAUGAAGGACAGCCUGGACAUUCACUUGCAGAACACCGACGUGUUCAUGGCGCCGGUUUUCAUGGAACUGGUAAACUCGGCGAUACUGGCCAAACGCGGAGCAAGCGCCAGCCAGAACAUCGCCUACGAGGCGGUCGUGCUCCAAGCGAACAACAUGGACCUGAGCUUCCCGAGACAGCUGUUCGUCAACGGCAAGUUCGUCAACGGUCGUGGAAAGCCGAUCGUCUCGGUUAACCCGCACGACGAGAGCGUCAUCUGCUCGGUGGAAAGCGCCUCGAUCGAGGAUGUCGACGAGGCGGUCAAGGCGGCCAAGAAGGCUUUCGAGGAGGGAGAGUGGAGCAAGAUCAGCGCGAGAGAACGAGGCGCUCUGCUUUUCAAGCUAGCCGACCUGAUGGAGCAGCACAAGGAGGAGCUAGCCACCCUGGAGAGUCUCGACUCCGGCGCGGUGUACACCCUGGCCUUGAAAACCCACGUGGGCAUGUCGAUCGAGACAUGGCGCUACUUCGCCGGCUGGUGCGACAAGAUUCAAGGGGCUACCGUACCGAUCUCUCACGCCCGGCCGAAUCGGAACCUGACGAUGACGCGGAAGGAACCGAUCGGAGUCUGCGGCCUUGUCACGCCCUGGAACUACCCGCUGAUGAUGCUCUCCUGGAAGAUGGCUGCUUGUCUGGCGGCUGGAAACACUGUUGUCAUGAAACCUGCUCAGACCUCAGCACUGACGGCGCUCAAGUUUGCCGAGCUGUCCGCCAAGGCCGGCAUUCCACCAGGUGUGAUAAACAUCGUUCCCGGAAGCGGUUCGAUCACCGGGAACGCCAUCGUCAAUCACCACCUCGUGAGAAAGCUCGGAUUCACAGGAUCGACGGAAAUCGGCCAGAUGAUAAUGCGAUCGUGCGCCGACAGUAAUCUGAAGAAAGUCUCGCUCGAACUCGGCGGAAAGAGUCCACUGGUGAUAUUCGAAGACGCCGACAUGCAACAAGCCGUCAGACUUGCAAUGAGCAGUGUCUUCUUCAAUAAAGGAGAGAACUGCAUUGCUGCCGGUCGAAUCUUCGUGGAAGAGCGCAUCCUCGACGAGUUCCUGGAUCGCGUGGUCGCCGAGACGAAGAAGAUCGCGAUCGGCGACCCCUUGAACCGUGGCACCUCCCACGGACCCCAGAACCACAAGGCCCACCUCGACAAACUCCUGGAAUUCGUCGAGAAGGGAGUGAAGGAAGGCGCGCGUCUGGUGUACGGUGGCCGCAGACUCGACAGGCCCGGUUUCUACUUCGAGCCCACGAUCUUCGCCGACGUUCGCGACGGCGGCUUCCUAGCGACCGAGGAGUCCUUCGGACCCAUCAUGAUCGUCUCGAGCUUCAGCUCCAACGACCUGGACAAGGUAAUCGCCAGGGCUAACGCGACCGAGUACGGACUUGCUUCUGGAGUUCUGACCAAGGACAUCAGCCGAGCGUUGAGGUUCGCGGAGAAGAUCGACGCCGGUACGGUGUUCGUUAACACUUACAAUAAGACCGACGUGGCUGCGCCGUUUGGAGGGUUCAAGAGGUCUGGAUUCGGAAAGGAUCUGGGACAGGAGGCGCUUAACGAGUAUCUGAAGACCAAGACUAUCACUAUCGAGUACUGAACGAUAUUGGGUUUUACAACGUGAUGAUAGAUUUAUUCGAGGAAAGCGGUCUGUUGGUGGGAUUUAAUAUUUUUAAAAAAGUUCUGGCAGCUAUUGAAUAGUUGAUUGGAAUGUAUAUUUUUAUAUUAAUAAAUUUUACCUUACAAUCAUUAUGUUAUAAAUGUGCGGAGAAUCGGGCAUAAAAUAGAGUCGAAAUCAUCGUAAAAGAAGGUGAAGAUAGGAUUUCUUCAUUCUAUGUAUUGUAUAUAUGCCUCAGUGUUCGUGUAGUUAAUUCGUAUGUUGCUGAAAUUCACGUGUACUAUAUUCAUUAAACAUACAGCAGGAAAAGCGGUCAAUUUUUAUAUAAAAAUGUGAAAUAUAGGUCGGUUGUUUAUACCGAAAUCUCAUCUAUACGUUAUCAUAGAUAAUUGGUUGAGAACUCAUUCAUAUUAUUUUCGUUACCAUAUUAAAAGUGUAAAAGCGUAUUAAAUAAAGAUCUGAAAAAUUCUAUUAAUAAUAAA